GAAAGCAAUAUAAAAGCUACGAAAUUCACAAAUCAAUAACCAGUCCACUUUGAAAAUUGAACAUACAGGCAUCUGACAUCAAAAUGAUAAAAUUUCUGUUUAUAAUUUUAUUGUUAGCCGUUGUUGUGACAAUGGGCCAUGACCAUCAUAACAGACCACCAUAUUAUGGUGGUAAUCACGGUGGCCACCACGGUAGCUAUGGUGGUUCUGCAGGCAAACAUCAUGGUGGUUCCAGUUAUCACCAUAGAGGAUAUGGUGAACAUCGCGGUGGUUACGGUAGCCAUCAUGGCGGUCAUCACGGUGGCUUUAGCGCCCAUGGUUCACAUGGUCGUCACCACAAACGACAUUAAGACGCCAUCACGAGUAAUAAUUAAAUAUUAUUAUAUUAACUAAUUUUCAAACAAUUAUCAAAAUAUUUUAAGAAAAUAAAGUAAAAUCAAUAAAAAUUAAAUAAGACAAUAUCUAUAAAUUAUAUUUUUAUGAAAA